ACAUUUUUCAUAGGCAAAUUGAUUUCAAUUAAGAAAGAUGCAAAUACAAUGCCACGGGUUUUGUAUAUAUGGUAGCAAUACUAUGCUUAGAUUUAGCGUAAAUAUUCAAAUAAACAUGUGUGUGACAAUACUUGCAUUUGUAACACAAAAAAUUAUUUAUUCUAAGUUGAUUAGCUUAAGCCACUUUGGAUCAAUCUCCAUUUGCACCACAUCAGUCGUUCAAGGUGCACACAUUUGAAUGGACGUUGGUUGUAAAUUACAGCCGGAUAAUGAAGAGUGAGCCAAUUAUCGAAAAAAUACGCAACAAAUUGAAGGAUUCUAAUCCUGAUCGACGCACGGUUUUGAGCGUAUUUCAAUUCAAUAUCACUGAUACCGAUGGAAAGUUAAUUAAAAGUGUAGAUCUGAAUAUCUAUGAGGGCACAACAGAUGCAGCAGAUGCUGAAGUUAUUAUAUCGGAUGAGGAUUUCUAUCUAGUAGGUACGAAGGAAACAACAUUUGAUGUACUACUCGCUGAGAACAGGGCGGUUGUCAAGGGAGAUGCCAAGGCUAUAGACAAAAUACUUGGGAAGUUCCGUUCAGGAGCAGAUAAGUGACUGGAUUGAUAGUUGAUUAUUAUUUUUAUUUAAGUCAAAACGGUGAGAGCCUGGACCCACUUACGUGAAUUAUAGCGAUAUCAGUGAUGUUUACAUGUAUGUAUGUACAUAUGUACAUGCAUCCGUAUGCAUAUGUAUUCCUGUUUUUACUUUAGUAAUCAUGUCCUAAAAUUUAUUCUUUUAAAUAAACUAACCUUAAUUUUAUAUUAAUAAACUA